AAGCCAUAUGUCCCUUUUAAUCCCUUGGCCAUCACAAACGCUUGACAGUGUUGACUACACUCUAUAGGGCAUCUGCUGGCUUACAACUGUGCGAUGCUUGAUAAUGCUCGAUCUACGCUCUCCGAUUAUUUGUCACUUUAAGAUAGCAAGCCGUGGUCUCAAAAGCUGUUCAAACCACGCCAAACUGGCCAAUGUCAACACCUCUAUCAAUUCCUUCAUCAUAGUCAACCAACUGGAGGAUAAGUUCGAAAGCGGAAAUGCUCAAAUGUCCACGCUGUUUGUUUCAUAAUCAUUCAAGCUUUUUCCAUCUAAUCUACAAACCCCGAGGUCCAUCGCGGUGAUGGGGGAAUAUAAAGGCGGAAAAUCCUUCGAGGGCAAUAGCAAUUUCUUCUUCUGCUUUCUUUAGUUUCUCCAACGAAUCUUCAAUUGAUCAGAAGCAAAUCAACGAACAAACAUGUGCAGAAAGUGUGAAUGCUCCAUUUGUCAUAAGUCCUCAUGGACAGGAUGUGGAAUGCACGUUCCAAGUGCUAUGGCAGGAGUCCCAGAAUCUGAAUGGUGUACUUGUCUCCCAAAGAAGGAUGAUAAAUACCCUCCAAAGGCUGGCACUGGUAAACCAGCGUUGUAAGUCUCAUGGGCCCAAUCUGGGGCCAAUCAGGCUCAACUUUUCUCCAUCUUAUCCUGUUGGACCACUGUACUCGUCAGGAACUAUGGAGUACCAUUAUAUUGAAUUAACAGAUCCUUUUAUCCUCAGUUUCGUAAUCUCAGUCACCAGUAGCUCGCCUUGAUCUCGGAGUUGAAAACUGGCAACCGC